UUCACCCGGAUCCAUGCUGGGUAACAGUGGGGUUUAAACUUUAUCGAGCUUCUUGUUGGCCAGGUGCACAGCUCUACAUUCAGGAGGUAAAGGCCAGCUCCUGGCUGUCACAGCUCAGUGGCAGGCACAGCGAGGGAGGCAUCUUCUGUGUUCCUGAAGACAGGGAGGCCAAGAAGCAGCAGCAUGGGAAGAAUGUCAUGGUUUCUUCUUCUCCUGGGGGUCCUGGCCGCAUAUUGCAUCUACACGCCGCUCCCAGAGAAUAUUGAGGAGCCGAUGCUGACCAACACACCUCUGAAAGCUCUUGCACAUUUGGCUACAUUUCUGGGACUUGGCCGUUAUUUUGAUUUCUUCAUGCUCAUGAUGAUAUUUCCAGAAGUCCCACCAACUUCAGAUAAAAAUGUCAUUGUGACUGACACAAAAUUCAACAACACUCCUGUCCGUGUGUAUGUGCCCAGGAGGAAGUCAGACACCCUGAGAAGGAGUGUGUUUUACAUACACGGAGGGGGCUGGAGCUUGGGAAGUGCUGCUUUCAUAAGCUAUGACCUGCUGUCAAGAAGGACAGCAGACAGAUUGGAUGCUGUCGUCGUAUCGACCAACUACAGAUUAGCACCUAAGUUUCACUUCCCAGUCCAAUUUGAAAACGUAUAUGAUGCCAUAAAGUGGUUCCUGCGCAAAAAUAUUCUUGAAGAGUAUGGCGUGGACCCUGGGAGGAUCGCUGUGUCUGGAGAUAGUGCAGGGGGGAAUUUGGCUGCCACAGUGGCACAACAGCUCUUGGAUGACCCAGAUAUCAAGAUCAGACUCAAGAUCCAGUGUCUAAUUUACCCUGCCCUGCAAACUCUGGAUGUGGAAACGCCAUCCUAUCAGGACAACGCACACAUGCCAGCUCUGCCCAAGUCUCUCAUCAUCUGGUUCUAUAGCAAUUACAUCACCAGUGACAGUGCCCUGAGGAAGGCCAUGAAACAUAACCAGCACGUGCUGGUGGAGGCGGCCCCCCUCUUCAAGCUGGUCAACUGGAGCUCCUUGCUCCCCGAGAGGUUCCUCAAGGGACACGUGUAUAAGGCUCCAACCUUCGGUAGAUCUGAGUUAGCCAGAAAGCAUCCUGGAUUCCUGGAUGUGAGGGUCGCGCCUCUGCUGGCAGCAGACAGCAAGCUGCGGGACUUACCGCAGACCUACCUGGUCACCUGUCAGUAUGACGUCCUGCGGGACGAUGGGCUCAUGUAUGUGCGCCGCCUGCGGGACGCCGGGGUUCCUGUGACCCACAACCACGUGGAGGACGGCCUCCACGGAAUCCUGUCCUUCCCCGUGUUCAAGAUUUACUAUAGGCUGAUGGAUGAGUACAUCCGGUGGCUGGAUGAAAAUCUAUAGUAAAACAUGGAGAGGUGGUUUUAAAAGGAAACCAAAUCUCAAAAUCUCAGAAAAUCUUCAGCGGGUGGACUUGGCCUUUCUUGGAGUGGUCUAUUUCAAGUUCACAUGUAGUAUGCUUCUUACUGUGAUGGAUGGGCUAUGAUUUUCUUCCUUUCUUUUAGAGGUUUCACUCCAUUUUUCCACAUUGUCUAGUGCUAUUUCUGGCAUUUUCCCUCCUACAUUGUUAAUCUUACUUUUUGAAUAUCUUGCUUUAUUACUUACUGUCAUCUGGUGUGUGUGUUUUGGCUUCUAUUCACAAGUACAGGAAGAUAAUAAAAGGAAACAUUGCCAUUGGGAGAAAGGUCAAGAUUUUAAUCAAAGGAUAUUUGUGGUUUGAAGCACCUCAAGUGAGGUGCCCCUUUUCUCAGAGCGGAGCCACUUAUUACCCCUACCAACUGCUCUCCUCUGAAGCACCUCUAGAAUCCAGCCAGCAAGUGUCACACUGCUCAGUGCUGAUAAUCAUGGCAGUACUCUGAGGAAUCAGCUGCUUUGUAUUUGGGGAAAGGUAGAGAAAUUGGAGUCCCCUAGAGACUGAAGAGGUCUUCAGAAUGGACAGUGACUUAGUCAUAGACAAAUAAUACACUAUGCAAGUAGCCGACCAGGAAUAGAAAAACUACAGAAAAAAAAUCAAUCUGUGAAAAGCCCAUCCUGACAUUACAAAGAGGAAGGCAGGACAAAAUGGAUUACCUCAAGCCUGAGUAGAAUUAUUGGCAGUGACUGUGAGCUAUGUAAUGCAUCCAAAUUAGGAGGAAGCACAGUCACAGGUGUUGGGGGGUGGUGCAAGGAGCUCCUUGCAGGCACAGACCCCAGACUUUUCUCUGUGUACUUUACCAUCCUCACUGCAGGCUCUUGUGUUUAUACUUACAAUUAUUAUACUUCUGAGUACGACUUGAAUAGUCUAGGCAGAGAGGGGCUAAAACCAUAGGGGUACCUUUGAGGCCACUCCAAUUUAUCAGGAAAAUGGCAGCGACCUUAGAAACUGCAAACAAUAGAUUCCUUAUAUUUUAUUUCCCAGGACAGUGCCACAAGAAAUUUGGCCAAGCCAAAGUUUUGUAAUUGGGAAAAUUACCUUUUAUUAUGUGAAGAAAUAAAAUAAGAAGAAGUAAUUCGUAGAAUAUGCCACAUAGAUCAAUAGCAAUAACUUAUUAAAUAGCUAUUGUGGAAUAAUUAUUUUCUGAAUAAGUGGAUAAGGUCAUAUUUAACAGGAAAUGCAAUGAAUAAAGAAAUAAGUGGAAUAAUUAUUUUCUGAAUAAGUGGAUAAGGUCAUAUUUAACAGGAAUUGCAAUGAAUAAGGAUAUAAGUUGGGUGUGUGGUUCCAAAUUUCUAU